UUCUUCUGUAAACUUUCAUCACAUCAACAAUCGAUUCAUUAUUGAAACUCAGAAAUGCCAACAAAAGGUUAUAUGUUUGGAAAGAAAAAACGUUACUGUAAGCCCAGAGGACGACAUGCUUCAAAGACAAAUGCACAAUUACAAAGCUCUGUUUUGGAUACAGCUGGAUCUGAAGCAGCAACAACACAGCCUGCAAGUGCAGCUGAGCGAAAAAUAUCCCUAACUGCAGUUACUAACGCUGAUAACACCAAUAAGAGGCUGCCUGAAGAUUUCAUAUACGUCAUGAUGAAUUCAAUGCAAUUGACCACAAUGGUCUCCUUGUUGUGCUGUCCACAUUGCUUUGACAACAAAUUAACUAUGUGCAUCACACAAUCAAAAGGCAUGGCUCAUUUGAUUAAAAUCAAAUGCCUAAAUUGUGAAACAUAUUUGUGGUCCGACUGGACCUCAAAAAAAAGUAAUGAUGUUCAUCUGGAUAUUAAUGUCCGCGCUGUCGCUGCAUUAAAAGAAUCUGGAAUCUCGCAUUCUAAAUUUGAUAGGUUUUGUGGACUUAUGAGUAUGCCCUGCAUGCACAGAAAUACUUAUAACAAUCUAGCUAACAUAGUCAAUACUGCUAUAAUUGAAGCUGGUGAAGAAUGUAUGAUUAGGGCAUCUGCUGUUGUGCAUGGAAGAAACAUUUCACAACCUCUAACUACAGAUGAAAGAAUAAGUUCAACAGGCUGUCCUGUUAUUACAGUUUCUUUCGAUGGGACUUGGCAUAAAAGGGGCCACUCAUCUCAUUCAGGAAUUGGCACAGUUAUUGAUUUUGAUACUGGACUCGUCAUCGACACCGAAGUCCUAUCAAAUUAUUGCCAUGUUUGUGAUUCAAACUCUGCAGAACUAAACUUUGAUGCCUCUAAGCAUAUGUGUCAAAAAAACUUCAGUGGCUCAGCAAAUGCAAUGGAGGCCGCAGCAGCAUCCAAAAUCUUUUCGCGCUCUGUGGCAUCCAGAAAACUUGUUUGUGGCACGAUGCUGUGUGAUGGCGAUAGUAAAUCGCAUUCAUCUGCCAUUACCAACUCAGGAUAUGAUGUAGAAAUCUUAAAAGAGGACUGCAUUAACCACAUCUCAAAAAGAAUGUUUAAUGCUUUGAACAAUUUAAAAAUGUCUAACAAAAAAGAACUAAAUUAUAGGCUUACAAAGCCAAAAAUUGAAAAAAUUACAAAUUACUAUUCCAAAGCUCUGCGCCAAAAUGCUCCCGGCAUUCAAAAAAUGAAGCUGGCUGUUAUGGGCUCUCAUUUUUUCAUAUGAUGAGCUCAGACCUAGAUCAUAACCACAGGUUGUGUCCUGAUGGCGCUACAUCUUGGUGUCACUUUAUGAGAUCAGAGGCACUAAAACAGCCAUAUAAAAAACACAAUCAGACCAUCACAUCAGAAAUAGGUAAACUGUUAUUUCCUAUAAUGAAAAGACUAACAGACACAGAUCUGUUAAAAAGAUGUUCUAGAAUGGGAACACAAAACGCCAAUGAAUCUUUUCAUUCCCUCAUUUGGCAAAGAUGCCCCAAAACAGAAUUCGCAACAUUAAAAACGGUAAGGGCUGCGACAUACCUUGCUGUUUUAGCCUUCAAUAAUGGACCUGUUGGCAUCAGAUCAGUUUUUGACAUAUUAGGCAUUCCCUGGACACUAAAGAACAUUUCUUCUAGUGAGAAAAAGCAAAAUGUCAAACUACAGCUUGUUAGAAAAAGAAAAUCAAUCGCAUUAGUGUCCAGGAGAAAAAACUUGAAAAAACGAAGAAUUGAGCAUGAGCACCGGGCAGAGGUUCUAGAAGGUCCAACCUAUCAAUCAGGCCAUUUUAAUGAAUAGUUUUUUGUUUUUUUUAUUAUCUAUUAUGUUGUUUUAUGUAAAUAUUCCCUUUUUUUUCAUUUUUAUGGUUACAAUAAAUAUUUUAUAUCAUUUUAAAAACUUUAAA